GUUCAAGGUCGCAAAAAGGAAACGGCGGGCAGGUUUGAAAACGCACUGACUUAUUUACCUUGCCCAGGUGAACGGUUUCACGGAGAAACUGGAUCUAAAAUGAAUGAAUGAACCUGAAGCAGCCACACUUAUAACCAAUCGACCAUUAUCAUUACGGUGGUCUACGUUACAAUAAUCUAUUGAUUCGGUUGCACGCUAAGUAUAAACUGGCGGCUUUUUUAUGAGUUGUUGGUUUCCCCACAGCGCAAUAUUAACUUGUUUGUCAACCGUAAAGAACAAAGUUUAUGGUGUGUCGCUCACAAAGACCAAUUUACUAUUUGCGAAAUCAAACUCCUAGGAGAGUUCGGCGCCGACGCUAUAUUGGAAAUUUUGAUACAGAUGGAACAGAAAUGGCUUUCCUUUUGUGUUUAGUAUUAAUAAUUUUAUUCGCGUUACUGUCCACAGACUCAUUUGUUGAGAAGACUUCUAGAGAUUUGUCAGAUACACUCGUCGUACGAAAUUCUUGUCCAUCAACUUCGGAAAAGCAUUUAUCAUUAGAAAUCAUUCUUUCUCCUACGAUAUCACAUCUUUCAUGUAUUUACAAUUUCUUGACGCCUAUGCAUGAUGUUUUAAAUACUACUGACAGUAUCCUCAAUGUAAAUUCACAUAUCGAUCUUCAAUUUUCUUAUGAGCUACUCCCGUAUAACAAUUCCACAAAUGUUUCAAUAAUAGAUUACACGAACCUAAACUUCUUACCUGAUCUUUCUGUUUGGAACGACAGAUCCAUCCUUAUUUUCGCAACACAUCGCCUCUAUUUCUCGUCUAAACCCACCUGUCCUGAAGUAUAUGUAUGUGCGAUUCCUAAUAAUGGACACAAUAGUACUACCUGUCACACUGACUUAGGUGAAGUUAGUGGAAGUUGUGAAGAUGAAAUCAAUGACCCAUAUUUCUUCAUGUUCCCACUUGCUACUGGUCUGAAAAUUUCAGUUAACAAUGUUGGUGAAUAUCCGGGUGUACAUAAUAACAGCAUGCAUAUAAUUGUCACCUCUGGUUAUCGUUUACCACCGGGUGUUUUCACUUGUCCAUUGGGCUUUUUUGCUUGUGAUACAUUUGAUAAAAUAAAUGAACGUCGCAAUUCUCCGUUGCAAUGGCCCUAUCGUAUCUGUUUACCUAUACGAUUAUGGUGCGAUAAUGUGUUGAAUUGUCCAAUAAGUGGUUCGGAUGAACAAAAUUGUUCAUUUACACCUCCUAUAAGCUUUCCACACACGAAGUUCCAGAUUGAAAACGAAUAUCGAAUGCUGAAUGAUGUUUUAAAUCAAUUUGAAAAGAAUACAAGUUUAUUAGAAUUUGUUGGCUAUCGAAAAAAAACUUCUGAACAACCGAUCACUAUGCUGCUUUUUGCAUACGUCAAUACGUUUUGGUUAUCCCUUAUACUACCUAUAUUGAUUUUGAUAUUUAUUAUAACUAUUUUAUUAUGUGUAUAUAAAUUAUUAAAACGCAAACGUGAAUCUGGUACAGUGAGAGUUACUGAAGUAAAAGAUUAUCCUACAAACUCUGAAAGCUGUAAUGAUGAUACAUUAAAAAAUAGUAUAAACAAUGAUCAUUAUUCAAAGAAUGUUUACUCUGAAGAUCAAUUAAAUAAAAGAGAAACUCCUAAUGAUGAUUUUCAAAAUAAUAAUAACAGUAAUGGUAGUGGUAAUGAUGAUUAUCAUAAAUUUUUACCAAGUGAUGUUAAUUAUCUGAAUGGUCAUUUGAAUUCAUUAGGUAACCAAGAGAUAGCUCCACUCAUUAAUGUAACACAUAAACAAUAGUAAGCAAUUAUGAUGGUCUAUGAGAUAGGAAGUGCUCUUGACAAUAUAUCUAUUGUUCAUUUGAUUUUAUAGAUUAUUUUAUAAAUUAUUAAUUCACUGUUAGCUGCAUUGUACUUUCUUUAAUUUCUUUAACGUUGUCUACACUUUGCAUCUAUUAUCUGUGCUUGGUACAUUUUGUGUUUUGAGAUUGUGCGUAUAUCUUUUUUUUAACGAUACAAAUGUCUUAAUACCCGGUAGGUUCGGAGAAAUAAAAUCUUUUUCGUAGCAUAUUGUGCUUUAGUGCUCGACCAAAAUUUAUAUUUAUUCAUCCGAGUUGAUUAUCUUUCUGGUAUCCAUAUUGAUUUUCAUCCAGACUGGUGAUUAUCCUUUCAUCGUUUAUAUAUUGUAAAAUUUUCCUAACUUACCAUUCAUUCAGUUAUUUGGUUCCAGAAAGAAAAUCAUUUAAAAAUCACUCUAUCUGUUGUGAUUAGAGUUAUUUAUGACAUUUAAAUGUAUUGCUAGAAUCACAUUACAUCUGUUCUCAUUUAUCCAUUUUGUUAUACUCACUAUGGCGUACCAGUUACCGAUGUAUAUGUAACGUCAUUAUUUUGCAUUUUUAUACAUUUUCUGAUUAUUAAUAAUAAGACAAUAUUUUUGUCAUAAUCCAUAUAUAAGGCAAUUCUUUCUUACCACAUAAAUUUUAUUGUCACAAUUGUUUACUGUUGAAAUCGAUUACUGAUGUUACUCUGGUUAACAUUGGUAAUGAUUACCAAGGGAAACUUUGGGUAUGUAGUGUAAACGAGCAUAUAUUAAAAGAGUUAGUAAGUAUUUUUAAUACUGAGAUUUAGUCAGUAUAUCAAUCU